CAUGAAUUGACAAGCGACUGGAAGGCGGGAAUUGACUGAGUCCAGCAAAUCAGGAGGCGACCGUCGGGUUUGAUUGACGGUCGAGGUUUUAACCGUUGACGUCCUGCUGGAGGGAGACGUUGGCUGCUUGCUGGACGACAUCAGCAUUUCAUGCCCGCCAUUUUCUGUAGUCAUUACGGUAAUUUAAGGUCAGCCAUGACAGUGCAGAUCUUCAUCAGAGCUGGUGGUUCAGUCUAUCAGUUCAGAAUCAGAGGAGGCAGCAGCUGCAGUGGAGAGGAGGCGAUGGGAGGAAACUGCUUCGACCAGGAGCUGGAGGAAAUUAUCAGAACUGUUCUCGGCAACCUGGAAAGUCUCCAACCGUUUUCUAGUGCCCACUUCAAUGUCUACCCUUAUAAGCAGCAGCGGGAGGGCGUGUCCAGUGUGCUGUGCCAGCAUUAUGAGAGGAAGCUGAGAGUGUACCCGUUUAUUCUCCACGUCUACCUGGAGAGAAACAUGCGGAGCGGAAAACGAUCAGCGGAGCAGUUCAGUCCUAUACACUGCUGCGUGUUCCAGCAGGAAGAAGCUGCAGAGCAGAUCCCGUCUGCCUCUGAGCUGCAGUCCAAGCGCCGUAAGAGAGACUCGACACUAGAGGACGCCGUACUAAAGGACUUGGAGGCAGAGUUGGAGGCAGAAGCGAAGGUUUCUGUAAGGCUGCACGUGGACAAGAAGAGAAGAAGAGAAGAGGAGGUGGAGGACGACCCUGGACAUGCUGAUGAGAACGACAAACCCCAGCAGAAAUCAGGCGUCAGCAUGACAGGAAGUGGAGCUCCAGAUGAAGUGGAUGAGGGGGAGGAGGAGGAGGACAAUGCUGAGUCAGCAAAGCCGGGGGUUUUAACUCGCCUGGUCAGCAGCGUCUUCCCCUUCUCCUGGUUCUUCAGGACCCCUGAGAGACGUGGCUGACAGACGGGAGUGUUCUUGGUUUAUUCAUAAACAUUAAGUGUUGCAACAGUUGGAGGGUUUGUUUUAUAUCAGCGUUCUGUUGUACCUCUUUAUUGGUACCAUGAGAAAAUACAUUUUGUUAUUAUUGUAAAUAUUUCUUAUUUCAUUGAUGGUUUGUGUUUUUUUGUAUUAUGGAUGGAGACUUUACCAUCAGCUCGACUCAUAUUGUAUCUGCAGCAACAAAACAUGGAUCUUUUCUUUUGUCUUAAACAGUCAGACAGUGUGUCUGCUCUGCAUCUGCUGUGACUUCAUAGAUAUGUACAGUGAUGGAAUGCAUAUAUAUUUGCAAUAAAUACAUUUUGUAUUUGUAUUGUA